AUGACAACUCAAUCAUCUACUGUACCUACAGGACAUCUUUUAGAGCAACUUCGUUGUUUGAUGAAGGAAAAUGGGAUAAAUUUCUAUAUUGUUCCGUCAAGGGAUGUUCAUUCUUCUGAAUAUAUUGCAGAUUCAGAUGCACGGCGUGCUUUUAUUAGUGGAUUUAAUGGAUCAGCAGGCUGUGCAGUGAUUUCAGAGACAGAAGCAUGCAUGUUUACUGAUGGACGGUACUUUCUUCAAGCAAGUCAGCAGCUUGAUAAGAAUUGGACACUAAUGAAAUUGGGACUUUCUGGUGUUCCGACAUGGCAAGAAUGGAUAGUACAAAAUGCAAGCAAAGGAAAGGUUGUGGGAGUGGAUUCAUCUUUGAUUUCUUUUAAUGAGGCUAAAACACUUUCAAAAAAGCUAGAACAGUCAGAUGCCAAGCUUCUUGGGAGCAACAGCAAUUUGAUAGAUGAAGUGUGGGGAAAUGAAAGACCUGAAAGACCUCUCAAUCCAGUAAUAGUUCAUCCAGUUGAAUUUGCAGGUGAAGAACCAUGCAGUAAAAUUUCAAAAGUCUCUAAGGUUUUGAAGGAAAAAAAGGCUUAUGCAUUUUUAGUAACUAUGUUGGAUGAGAUUGCAUGGUUAUUUAAUCUUCGUGGAACUGAUAUUCCAUAUAAUCCUGUUUUUUUUGCUUAUGCACUUGUCAUGUAUAAUGAUGUUAUAUUGUAUAUUGACAAUAGGAAAUUGGAUUGUCAUGUAAAAAAACACUUAAAAGAUGUAAAAAUUAAACCUUAUGAAAGCAUUUUCAGUGAUCUGGAAAGUUUAAGAGAUAAACUUGAAGGAAAAAAAGUUAUUAUAUCAGAUACUGCAAGCUGGGCUUUAGCAAUAGCUUUAGGAGAAACAAAUAUUGAAGUAAUGAGAAGUCCUAUUUGUGAUGCAAAAGCUGUUAAAAACAAGACAGAGAUUGAUGGUAUGAGGAAUUGUCAUAUACGUGACGGUGUUGCUUUAGUAAAAUUUUUUGCCUGGUUAGAAGAAUUUUUGAAAAAUCAAGGGAUAUUAGAUGAAGUGGAUGCUGCUGAUCAAUUAGAAAUAUAUCGAAAGGAACAAGCUUACUUUAUGGGUUUAUCUUUUCCUACUAUUUCUUCUAGUGGAAAAAAUGGCGCUAUUAUUCACUAUAAGCCAGAAAAACUAUCAUGUUCUAGUAUCAAUAUUAAUCAGAUUUAUUUAUGCGAUUCUGGCGCUCAAUAUAGCGAUGGAACAACAGAUGUUACACGUACUUAUCACUUUGGAGUUCCAACAUUAAGAGAAAAGUUAACAUUUACACUUGUUCUUAAAGGACAUAUCGCUAUUGCUAAAGCAAUUUUUCCUAAGGGUACAAAUGGAUAUACUUUAGAUAUUCUUGCUCGUCAAUAUUUAUGGAAUAUUGGUCUUGAUUAUCUGCAUGGCACAGGACAUGGUGUGGGUAGUUUUUUGAAUGUUCAUGAACCUCCAAUUGGUAUUGCUCUCCGGCAAGAAUAUAUUGAAUUACCUUUUUUACCUGGAAUGGUCGUUUCAGAUGAGCCAGGGUAUUAUGAAAACGGGUCUUAUGGGCAGCGUAUUGAAAGCAUCAUUGCUGUUAAAGAGGUUUCUACUCCCAAUAAUUUUGCUGACAAGCAGUUUUACGGUUUUGAAUAUUUAACAAUGUGUCCAAUUGGAUUAAAUCUAAUAGACACAACGCUAUUAGAUGAAUCAGAGAAACAAUGGUUGAAUGAUUAUCAUGCACUUGUUUUACAAACACUUUCUCCAUUUUUAAAAGAUGAUACUCGAGCUUAUGAAUGGCUUAAAAAAGAAACACUACUUAUUUAA